AAGGAGGAAGAUAACGAACACGUUGGUUCGUACUACAUCCAAUAAUGCUCAGGAAUCCAAAAGUCUAUAAGCACUUACUUUUUUUCAAUCCAUAUAAGUAUGUAUAUAAGUUAGUCCGAUGGUUAGGCAUAUCCAAGAACAAUCGAGAGAACGCAAACCGUCAAACAUUUUACAACAUGUGUCAGACAAAAAGCUUCCAGCAAAAUAGGCACAGCCUUCAAAUAUUCGCAAUAUAAGAAGUAUUGAUGGAGGCAGUUAAAUUUUGUACCGUCUUAACAAUUAUAUUUAGAUUUCAUAAUCAUCGAAAUUCGGCCAAUUUACCGGAGGAGCGUAAAAUUCAUCUGGAGAAUCCGCAAGCGUUUAAUUUAUAGGUAAUAUCAGAAUUCGGAUACAGGUGCUGAAAUUACAGCGUCAGUUGUUUGUUAGGUACGAACUAUAAAUAAUAACAAGCGGACAGUGAGGAACAUGCGGACAAUGAAAAUCAUAUUUCAGAAGCAGAACCUGGAAAGUUGUAUACUAUGAUAAGCUAUAUAAAGCAAUCAGAAAGUAUUUUUGACAAAAACAUUAUAGGAGCUGUUAGUGCUCUUGGAUCAUUUUUAGUUGUACUGCGUUCGUUUAUUGUCAAUUCAAGGGUUGAGAGAAGAACUCUCAAUAGAGUUUCUGUUACAAAUUGGUUGACUUCUGGUGUUCCACCUUUUCUUUUAUUGAUGGGAUUGUUGAUUACUCACGUUGCUGCUGUACAAUAUUAAGGGUUUGACCCCUAUUUCAGUUCUUUAUCAACAGCACCUUCAUAUCCUAAAGAUAAUUUCAAUAUACAAGCAUUUUCUGAGCAAAGUCUACCAGAUAGAGAUGAAAGAUUGGAACCUUGGUUGAGAGAGUACAUAAAUAUGAAUUAUUCUCCUUGUGAGUCUCUGGGUACGUGUUAUGAAGACAUGAAGUUGUUGAGUAGUUAUAAUAGGACCUCGGAGACUAGGAUAACAACGCGAUCUGUGUCUAGGCAACAAUGGUGUUCUAUGGGGAAUACGGCAUUUGUUAAUCAAUUCGCUAGUUUUAGCUAUACAACUGUAGGGGCUUUCUGUGCGUUAGGUGCAUCAAUGGGGAAUCCGAUACCAUGUGCUUUUUCUUUGGUCUUUGGUUUCGCCACUUUUAUGAUGCAGCAGGAAGCGCAACGCAUUAGUGCUAACGGAGCUGAGGUGGUUUAUCCCAAUUCACAAGGGCAGUUCAACGACAUUGAAACUAUGACUAAGAGGAAUGUAUAUACAGACCCAAGCGGUAACGUAUAUGAUCUUAUUUGGUACAACCCGGACAAAAGGGAUAGCCUUUCUUAUACUAGAGGCAAUAUUCUUCUGCAGACAAUAGGUUACUUACAGAGUGAUGGCUCAGGACAGCUGAUUUUGUACACCACUUCAUUAGUUACGCACCUAAUGAGGAUCACCUCGGUCACUUGAAUAAAAGGAUGUCUGGUAAACCUGAAGCUUUCGAGUUCGUUUAUGAGUAUAAUGUGAAUAAUGUAGCCGUAUCAGACAUGACUAAGGGUGAUGAUGCAAUAGGCAACGAAGCCGAGCAAAUGGCAGAGAUGUGGAAUUCAGAAGAAAAUAAUGACAAAACUCAUUUAUGUCAAGCUGUAUAUUCUGACAACGGCAAGCUUUAUAACAAACGAACUAUAUUAACUAAGGACGGUAUAUUCCAUAGUGGUGAAUUAGAUUCAUAUAAAAACAAUGUGUGUACAGUC